AUGGAGCCGCGCUACUACACAGCGGCCAUUUCCGCCUGUACCAAAAAGAGGUCUUGGUUUGAGGCCUUGAAGCUCUUGGAGGCGAUGCCCCAGCGCCGUGUGCAGGUGAACACCAUCAGCUUCAAUGCCACGAUCAGCGCCACUGAGAAGGCAAAUCAAUGGCCCUGGGCUUUGCACCUGUUUCAACAGAUGCCCCAAAAGCAGGUGCUUCAGGAUACCAGGAGCUUCAAUGCUACCAUUAGCUCCUGCGAGAAGGGCGCGGAAUGGCAAAGAGCUUUGCAUCUCUUUGAGGAGAUCUGUCCCACGCGGCUUCGUCCCGAUGUGUUCAGCUUCAAUGCCACCAUCAGCUCUUUGGAAAAGGCCUGGCAGUGGCAACGAGCUUUGCAGCUCUUUCAGGACAUGCCCUCGUACCUCCUCGGUGUGGACGUUUGGAGCUUCAAUGCCACGAUCAGCGCCUGUGAGAAGGGCCAACAAUGGCACUGGGCACUCGAACUGUUCGACUCCCUCUGUCAGACCCCAUCGGUGCAGCCAGACACCAUCACCUUCAACGCCAGCAUCAGUGCAUGUGAGAAGGCCGCGCAGUGGCAACACGCUUUGGGCUUCUUCAUGCUGAUGUCCGGCCAGGCCGCCCCAAACGAGAUCACUUACAACGCGACGAUCAGCGCCCUGGAAAAGGCCGCGCAAUGGCAGAAGGCAUUGCAGGUCUUUAACGCGAUGGAAGCUUCUCCUGGGCUCAUCACCUACCAUGCACUGAUGAGUGCUUGCGAGAAGGCCUCCCAGUGGCAGGUGGCCCUUGAGCUCUUUGCCCGGGCGAGCUGCGCCACUCGGUGGGUGCUGACUGCUAGGAGCUUCAACUCGGUGCUGAGCGCAUGCGAGAAGGCUCGGCAGUGGCUUGUGGCGUUGCAGUUCUUCCACCAGAUGCCCCAAGCCCAGGUCUCCCCGGAUGCCAUCUCCUUGAGCGCUGUGGUGAGUGCCUGUGCGCGACGAGAGGGGGGCACUUGGCGCAGGGCGCUGCAGCUCUUUGAGGAAGCUCUUGCCGGCGCUCGGUGGUGUGGAGAGGUAGAUGCAAUUGCAUGGAGUUCGGCCGUGAGCGCCUGUGCAAAGGGAGGACAUUGGAGACAGGCCCUGGAGUUCUUCCAUCGCAUGGCACAAAGACAGAUUCGUCAGGAUGUGAUUUCUUUUAGUGCCGCCAUCAGCUCGUGUGAGAAGGCCAGUCAGUGGCCUUUUGCCCUGCUACUCUUUCAGCAGAUGCAUCUAGCUGAAAUCGUCCCGAACAACUACAGCUACAGCGCGGCAAUCAUCUCGUGCCAGAAAGGCGAGCAAUGGCAAUAUGCUUUAGAACUCUUUGGCUCUCUCAAAGCUGCGAAGCUGCAGCCGGACCUUGCCAGCUUCCAGGCGACCUUGCGCGCCUUGAAGAGGGGAAGCCACUGGCAACAGGCUUCGGUGCUUUUGGAUGCCCACGCCUGGCAGGCGGAGUUCUGCGAAGCCGUUGGAGCGCCGGAGGUUGAGCAGAAGAGACCGAUGCUGUUGCGGACGAGCUCGGGCGUCGCCUCCACCGUGCAGCUGAGUCCGUGGCCCUCUGGGGCGGCGGAGGACGUGCUUCGAGGUGUGGCGGGACCCGGGCGACCGGCGUCCUUGAAGCAAAAGGUUUGGGCAAAGUUGCCCAGCGGGCUGAUCUUGCCCGAGAAUCAGGAUGAUCCCAUGCGGCUCAUCUACGAGAUGGAGUAUUUGGCAUUCGUCCGGCUUCCAACAGCUUCGAUGUUGGCCAGAGUGGACGGCGUUGCCCUGCUGCCGCUUCAGCGUGCGCGGCAGAAUGCCCAGGCGUCGGUGCCUCGUUGGUGGUCCUCCCCCGAAAGCUUGCGCCUUUGCGCGACGGCACUCAAGGAGGAGAACUUUGCAGUGCUCGAUGGCUUUCUGCCCGAGGAGGUCUGCCAGGCCCUGGCGGAGGGCGCCAAACGCUCCCGGCCGAGCAUGGUGCGGGGCGCCACCGGCGCCGCCGCGCGCGUUAGUCCGGGGCAGGACUUGGCCAAGGUGCUAAAUCAGCCCAGCAGAGGUGAUGUCGUCAAGUUUGCAGACGAGGGGCAAAUGCCCGGCUGCCAAGAUUUCCUCGAUGCCUUGGAUGCCCUUGUGGACGCUUUGAAGACCUCCGACUCCGUGGAGGUCAGCGUGCGACAUCGCUUGAGCUGCGUCGACUGGGCCAACAGUGCCAUGUUUGCCAUUUACCCUGGAGGCGCCUCCAGGUACAUCAAGCACGUGGACAACACCUUGGGCACCGAUGGCCGCCGCUUGACGGCCGUGCUGUACUUGAACCGAGAUUGGUGCGAGCAGGACGGCGGUUGCCUGCGGAUCUUUGAGCCGACGAUGCAGAGCUGCCAGGUGAAGCGGGAUAUCGAGCCGCUGUGGAAUCGCCUAGUGGUCUUUUGGUCGACCCAAGAAGUGCCUCACGAGGUGCUCUCCAGCUACAAGGACCGCCUGGCGGUGAGCGUGUGGUUCAUCGACGGUGCGGAAUCCCUGCGGAGCCGGGAGCCCUUCGAGCGGCUCUUUUCCCCGAAGCUGAGGUGCUUGGGCGACCGGCGGCAGUGCUUGCUGAAAGCAGCCAAGAAUGAGGAUGAGAGGGCCGUCCUGGCCGCGCUGCCGUUGGAAGCCACGCACGGCUUCUCGGAGGCGGAGCGGCGUCGCUUGGCCAGGCUCUUCGGGUGGCGAACUGAAGAGGACGUGCAGCGCGAGCUGGACACCGCGCAGGACCGUGCCAUCCGCAGUGCCUUAGAGAAGGCACUCCAGGGCGGGCAAACACCUGCAGAGGCCUUCGGUGUGAAGGCGUUCGCUCCAAAGAAGCCGCUGCACUUUGAGAUUGUGGACGAUGAGAUCAUGAUGCGCGAGAGGCUUUUGGAUGGGGGCGGAGUGUCGUCACGGAAGUCAUGGAUGCCCAAAGGUGGCAUCCUUCACGGCGUGGAGAUGACUUUACCACAGCUCUUGCAGGAGCUGAAUGACCACGCCAAAGAUCUUCGGAACAUCGAUGACAGGCUCACGACCACCCAAGCCAUGGUGCCCAAGAACUUGGCCAAGAUGAAAUGCCAGAUCCCCGGGCGAGAGAAGGACAUCGAAGGGGCUCUCGAACAGCUCCAGAAAGAUGCCAGCGUGAUCCAGGAGAAGGUUGGCACCAUCAAUGAGCGGUUGCAUGACUCCUUGAACGAGGCCAUGUCUUUCAACGACCUCAUGCACAGGCAGUUCGAGUACAAAGGCAACCGCCUCCCCGAAGAGAUCUCCGAAUUCUCCGGGACGGUGGUCAGCAAUCUUCAUCGUGCCCAAGAUAUGGCAAAGAAGGAGAUGAUCAGUGGGGCCAAUGACCUCAUGAGACUCACGAAGCAGGUGAAGACUGCGAUCCGCGCAUCUUCUGCAGGAUUGGACCCCGGCGUUGUGGCAUCACUGAUGCAGAUGUGGCCUUGGCCUGGUCGUGGGCAGGGGCGGCGCGGCACGCGGCCAGGCGCCCGGUUUUUCGCGGUGGAUGGCAUGGGAGGGAAGCGACACACCGAUACUACCACUCCCCUUUGUCCAGUGACCGCGUGGAAGACUCUUGGCCUCAACCCCGUGGGUCCUCAGGGUCGACUGACCGCCUUCGCCGGAGAGCCACCGGAACGAGGAUGGAUGGGUGAAGGGGAAGAUGCCUCCACUCCUCCACUCAACUCUUGCUUGUGGACACGUGAAGGCUUUCCGCGGCUUUCCAUUGGCUUGCUCCGUGUCUGA